AGCCCCAUGCGUCUGUACAGAACCCCCCAUAUCCGCAGUUAGAAACGGAAAAGAUGAUAGCUCUCUCUCUCAUCCCCCUCUCUCUUUCUAGUCCGCUGAAAUUGCAACACUCUCCUUCACGACCCCAUCUCUCCGAUUCCAUUUUCAGGUCAAAACUCUCUCCUAUCACUUCCAGAUCACCAAGUUUUCGCAACAAAACCGUAGUUCUCGGAAGCAAUUCAAGUGACCCAAAGUCCAGGUUCUUGGACGAAAACGGUGUCGUUGAUGACAUGGAUGGUUAUCUCAAUUAUCUAUCUCUGGAGUAUGACUCUGUUUGGGACACCAAACCUUCCUGGUGUCAACCCUGGACAAUAACAUUGACGGGAGUAUUAUUGAUUACUGGUAGCUGGCUAAUUUUGCACUCUGUAGUAGUCACUGCAGUAGUUUUCUCUUUAAUUUGUGCAUGGUGGUACACUUUUCUGUAUAGUUACCCUAAGGCAUAUUCAGAUAUGAUUGAAGAGCGAAGAAAGAAGGUGAAAAAUGGUGUUGAAGACACAUUUGGUUUGAGACAAAGCCAAUGAUCUUUACCAUGAUCGGAGGGCUGAGGAUGGGGAACAUUGACAUCUGGAGGAGAAUAUUUGGCUGUGGAAUUGGGUCCUAUUAUGAGUUAUUAUCUCAUUCUAGAAGCAAACCAGAUCUUAAAAUCAGUGGUGUAUGGUUCAGUCUGUUUUGAUGAAUAGCGGAAUCAAGAAGAAGAAGGGUUCUCGUCAGAGGAUGGCACAUCUCAUUGUAAUUUUGAUAAUGGUGCUUAACUUGAUUUGAACGAGGCUAGACGUCCUUCCCAUUUCCAAUUAUUGCUGAGUUGUGGAAAAUGGGAAAGGAGGCCUUUUCAAUUAUUUUAAAAUUUUGUUAUUGUCAAAAGUACCAUCUAAGCUGUUGUGUAAGACCAGUGUAAAUGGUUAGAUCUUAACCAAAUGUAAUUAAAUUGAGACAUGAUGGUGUUUAGAAGUAUAAAAUGUCAAGGUUUAAUGUUGAUA